AUGAAAAGGGAAGUGAACUCAGAAAUAGCCGAUGCGUUGGCCAUUGACUACGGACUGAAGCAUUUCGAGACGAGUGCUAAAGAGAAUAUAAAUCUCGAAAAGGCUUUCUUUCAGAUUUCUAAAGACAUCUAUAAUGAGAAAUGUUUGAGAGGUGAGGAAAAUGGUGUUACAUUACCACAAGCCGAAGUGAAAAAAGGCAAGACCUACCGGUGCUGUCAAGUCAAUAUUAAUUUAUAAAUUAAUAUUUAUAUUU